AUGGCGACGGACGAUGAAUACAUGGACUUCCUGAACAAGGCCAACGAGGACCCGGGCCAGGGCUCAGUCUCGGCCCAGGCACAGGGUGGUCACGCGAAGAAGGAGCUCAAGGCGGCGGACCACGGGGCGAACAUACCGCAGCCGCUGGUCAAGGCUACCAAGGGUGCCUUCUACUUAUCUGAUUCGGACGAGCCGUUUGUGCCAGUGUCGCUGGCGUGGGAGAAGGGCAAGGGGUUGCCAGACGAGGGUACGUCAUUCAUCUUCUUUUACCUCAAGUCUCGAGGCUCGCACUUCACGCCCUAUCCUGCACCAAUGGACGAGAAAUUGACUAACUUACCUGUUCUCUGCGCAGAGGAGAUUGCGAAACUGGUCGAGCACUGGGAUCCUGCGAAGGCUGAGGUUGAGAUCUUGGACCCGGUCGACUGGGACAGAAAUGGGCAGUACAGGGAGGUUAUUGACGCGGUCCGCGAAGCCGGGAAGGGCAACGACGUUCGGGUAUAUCGCAUCGUCAAGGACAACUCGAGAGUGGAAUACUUUGUGGUGACGAGGGCAGGAGAGGGCAAAGGUGCCAGGCUGGUGGGCGUCAAGGCAUUGGCGAUUGAGAGCUGA